UAAAACUCGUUCCAAUAAUUCAGUUCAGUUUCACUCGGUAUAUCUUGUCGAAUGCACGUACACGUACAAACUUCACCGAAACGACGAUGAGGGGUUUUACAGUGCUGUCAAGUGAAACGGCGACAUUUUGAGCAAGUGAUUUUUCGGGUACGAUUUUGUCCAAGGUUCAAGAACCGAAAAUACAGUUAGAACGUGGUGAUAGAAUGCGGUCGUUGGAAGUGUCGACUCCUUGGCAGGAGGAGGAGGAUGUGGAGGUGGAGGACAUCGAGCUGGAGAAGCACGCGAUGAACGGGAGAGACGAUCUGACCGAGUCGAGUAGUGACGAAGCAACGGGAAGAAAGCGAAGAAAGCAUGGAGGGAGUGCUUCGAGUGGAAGUGCGUCGAGCGGGACGACGACGAGGAGGAGGAAGUCGUGCAUCAGUGCGCGAGAGAGAAAUUUAAGAAGACUGGAGAGCAAUGAGAGGGAAAGAAUGAGGAUGCAUUCACUCAACGAUGCGUUCGAGCAAUUAAGAGAAGUCAUCCCGCAUAUAAAAAUGGAGCGCAAACUAUCCAAAAUCGAGACUUUAACCUUAGCCAAAAACUACAUAAUGGCCCUAACGAACGUGAUAUGCGAGAUGCGAGGCGAGGAGAAACACUACACAUUUCAAGACGUGGAGGACGAGGAGGUGGAGCUGGAGACGACAGAAGAGCCAAACCGGGAGCAGAACAACAACUCAAUGUUUCAGCAAAACCUCGAAAACCACCAAGAGAACGCGAUGGCCUACGUUGGGUGGUUGUAAUUUUCUUGAUAAAGCUAAUGUGAUUUAAUGUGCUUCCGUGUUGUGUCCGUGUAUAGAUAGUGAUAAGUAUAGUGCAUCUAGAGACGUAAAAGACACUUAUUUUUAAACAAGUAUAGAUUGUGUUUAAAUUAUUUUAUAUGAAAUGACAUAACUACCUUGACUUGUUAUAUUAGAGUACCUAGAUAUGUAAGAUAAAGUGUCGUUUUGUUUGGUUUUUGACGUAAUAUGGAAGCUGCGAACCGGCGAGCUUGCAGCUUCCAUACCGGGAAAUGACACGAACAAAGUUACCUAAACCGAGGUUGGAACCUCAAAAUACUCUAAGUUAUGCUCAAGAAUGUCAGUGCGAAUUGUUCACCGACUGUCAUCAUAGUUUCGCUUCUCAAAAGUGAGCAGUUCGUACGGAAGGAAGCGAUUGGAAGUUCCAAAUGCAAAUGUGAUAUUGUAGAAAACUUGCACAAGUUUUUGUUAGAACAUAUAAACAUAUAUUUUAUGACGUGUAUUAAGUGUAUUCUUGGACAAAAUAUUACACUUCGUGAGAGAUAUACAUUCCAAUAUCAAAUAAAAUGUCAGGAAUCUUA